AGCGGUGCAGUUCCGCUUCCGCUGUGCGAGGGGAGGAGGCGCGCGGGCGGCACGGCGGAAUGAGCUGGGCGCUGGGCCGCUGGCGGGCGCGGCGCCUGCGCUUGCCCGGCACCCGGAUGUGUCUGGCGCGGCGGCGGGGCCCGGAGGGCGCGGCGGGCGCGGAUCCGGAGGACGGGGGGCCCAUCCUCUUUUCCACCAGCAAGGCCAGCCCGCGGGUGUGGAGUGUCAGCCAGUCCAUGGGGAGCGACCACGAGAGGCCGUGGGUGAAAGUGCUGCCGCUCAGCCUCCUGUGCACUGGGCUCCUGCUCUGGUGUGUGUUCAGGGAACCAACGGAGAUCGAUGAGCGACUGGAAGCAGUUUUCUCUGGUCAGAUGAUGGACUCUUCAGAUGUGGCGCAGAGAAGCAACGCUCCUUUGCAACUUGAGAAGGAGAAAUGAGGAGGACGGGAAUGCGGCUGCAGUGAAGGAGCUGCCAGUAGUUUGCUGGCAUUCACCUGCUUAAAAGCUGUACUAACAAUGUAAUGGGAGAACUUGUUUUUGCAGGCUUGCCUUAUAAGCUUGAUUCCUUCAUGUGUCGUGCUGCUUUCAGUGCUGGUUUUAGUAAUCUAAGCUGGUAGCACAAAGAAUAGAUUCUUCCUGCGCUGCACCGUAGGGGUGGACAGGAUGUAUUGCAAAUCAGCUUGCAUUUGAAGAUACGUUUUAUACAACCCAUCUCUUUUUCAUGGAUCAUUUUUCUUACAUGCACAGUAUAUUAGAAUAUCAAAGCUGUAAGUCUGUAAAAUUGUUGUUGAAGGUGACCUUCAUUUGACAUUUUGCUAGUCACAGAGCAUAUUCAACUUGCAUUGAAGACAACUGUAGGUUUCAUUAAUAUGUGAUUCUGUA